AAUAUGGCUUAGCAAAAGUAGGGGUUAUUCACUUUUGUCUGGUUCCUUUCUCCAGAAAACUGCGUCAAAAGAGACUCGAACCUUUUCCUCCUCAGCUUUGAAGCGUUGAAUCCCAUGGCGGGAAUCCGAUUGCCACCGGAUGAAUCGGAUACGACUCCUCACCAGCAGAUCCGACCGCCGGCGAUGGCUGUGGAGAGUUUGACGUCCGACGACGACCGCUCUGUGGCGGCGGAUUCGUGGUCGAUCAAGAGCGAGUACGGGAGCACUCUUGACGACGAGCAGCGACACGCCGACGCCGCUGAGGCCCUCUCCUCCGGCAACUUCCGUGCUCCGUCGGAUUACAGUUCUGACAAGGAAGAGCCAGAUGCUGAUGGAGUACAAUCAAUGCUUGGUCUUCAAAGCUACUGGGACGCAGCAUACGCCGAUGAGUUGACAAAUUUCAGGGACCAUGGUCAUGCCGGUGAAGUUUGGUUUGGAGACGAUGUCAUGGAAAUUGUUGCUUCUUGGACCAAAGACACAUGCUUUGACAUAUCUCAACGUAACAUGCCAAGUUCUGACAAUGAUAACAAGACAGAGGCGACUGAAUAUUUGUCUACUUGGAAUGUUCUUGACAUUGGUACUGGGAAUGGCCUACUCCUUCACGAACUUGCCAAGCAGGGAUUCUCUGAUUUAACUGGGACGGAUUAUAGCGAAGGAGCAAUAGAACUCGCACAACGUCUUGCCCAACGUGAUGGACUGCCAAACAUUAGUUUCUUGGUUGAUGAUAUCCUCGAGACGAAAUUGGAUCGCCAGUUCAAGCUGGUCAUGGAUAAAGGAACUUUAGAUGCCAUUGGGUUGCAUCCUGAUGGCCCCGUAAAAAGAAUCAUGUAUUGGGAUUCAGUCUCCAAGUUAGUUGCUCCCGGCGGAAUAUUGGUCGUCACGUCCUGUAACAACACGAAAGAUGAGCUCAUAGAAGAGGUGGAGAAUUUCAACGUAAGAAAAAACAACUUAUCCCGAGACCCCACUGAGGCACCCUCCUCCAACUCUGAAGCCUCCACCAGAUUCGAUCUUCCUUUUGAGUACCUCAGCCAUGUCCGGACAUACCCAACUUUCAUGUUCGGCGGAUCAGUGGGAUCACGUGUUGCAACGGUUGCGUUUCUUCGGAAGUGAAAACCCAAUUCAGAUUUCUAAUCUCGUGGGAUUGUAUGAAACAAUAUCAUCCUUUUUGUUCCAAGAUACAUAGGCUUUUGGUCCUUUGGAAGUUUGUUCCUUCUAUUGAAGACUAUUACUGCUACUUUAGCACCUCAAGUUCUGAUCAACCGUACUUGAUUUUGUGAAUUUAUCACUUAGAUAAUUAUCUUCUUUGUCUAAGUUCUUCAAGUACACGUUUUAAGUUUAAGCUUGCAUCUGCCUAAUGCUUAUACUUACAUCUAAUGCAACUGAUGAUAUAUUUUAUAUUAUGUUUGUGAUUUUCGGCGAGUUCUCAUCGUGUUUAGUUUACAGGACCAGUAUGAAGGCGUGGAGAGGGCAUAUGUGGCGACUCGGGUUCUUCCUCUGAGGUGAAGCCAGAAGAGAAUCCAAAAUCCUGGUUUCAACAAUUGAAGACAACAAA